AUAUUUCCAUUAUUAUAUCUACUACAUAGUACCUAUUGCCUUUUUUAAUGGUUGCCCAAGUGCAUUUGCCAUUAAAAUUCAAUGCAUUAUCUAGAUGCACGGCUAUUCGUGAAAAGCCUUGCCAAAGUGUUGUCACUUUUUAUUGCCAGACUUUGCCGGUCCCUCGCUAAUUUUUUUAAACCCUGUUAAACCAUUCAAUGCAAACUACAAAUUCAAUUAGAUAAAAACUGCUAAAUGCAACGACGCCUCUUUCACAAAUGUUGAAAGCCGGGCAUAAUUUAAAUUUAAUAUCUCGCCGACACAUGUCGAAAGCGCAAUCCAAAUGCAAAUCUUUAAAAAGACAUAUAUUUUUGUUGUAACUUAACUCAUUUAUCGCCCUUCCUGUUUUUGAAUUAUUCUUUGGGUCUUUAUCUCGUUUUGAAAUAGGGGCCAAGCUGGGACUAUUCACAUUCCCGCAUAUCUCAGACGCACAUAGAACAUGUUAUAUACAAAACCAAUUCAUUAUCAUGUUAAGCAUAUUAUUUUGUGGACUUUGUAAUAAUUCAUUAUGAGGCCACUUUAUAUUUAUAAAAUUAUAAGUGGUGAAUGUAAUAAUAGUAAAAAUUGUUUAAAAAAAGACCAAUAUUUAUAUUUCCUUACCGAGAUAUCUUAAGCUUUUUUCCAUAUAACUAACAUACCCCUUCUCUUCCAGUAGUGGGUAAGAAAAUCAUCAUGUAUAUAAUUAUAUUUAGAUAAAAACGUGUCAUGGAUUAACACAACCAAAUAUCUAAUCAAUGUUUGUUACAUGAAGCAGCAAAAAGUGAAAACUAAUGACCGUCGAAUAGAGUCGUGAUCGAUGAAAUAAUGCCGGCGUAGAGCGAAUCCAUCAUGAGGCAUCAGCAGCUCUACUUCCCCGUUCAGAUUCCCAGGCCCCCGCCCCCCAUACCAUACCAUUACCAUACCUAUUUCUGUGCUUGGGUUCCGUCUCAUUCGCGAUUCUGCCGUCACAGUGCUCGGACCGCUGGCGAAAAAAGCUUAGCAAAACGAUGUAGUUUUAGCAGACGCUGCAUUUCCAUUAAUUAAAUUCGCAGACCGCCCCUGGCGACCCCUUCAUUGGACCCAGCCAAGGUUGGCCAAAUAAAAUGUUAUUUAUAUUCCCUUUGGCUGGGAAACACAUAUUGGCAGUGACACAAACAUCGGACCAAUAAUGCAAGAACAGUGCUCUUUAAAUAUGUUUAAUGGCUUUAAAUAGGACAACAAAGUGCUAGUGCAAUGAACAAACUAUUGUUGACCCGGAAAACCACGUGCAAAUAAAUUUCAAAAAUCUUUCCUAUGGUAAACAGUCUCAAAAAAAUAAACUCUGAUGAAAGUGUGCAAAACAAAGAGGCUAAACAGUGUUUCUUAAUACGUAAACAAAUAAGAUCUGUGAAAACCAAAUAUUUUAUUUUAUUAUGUAAAUCUAAAAACCUUCAGUUCUCACGCGAAUACUUAAAAUCUAAAAAUAAAAGCAUUUAAAACGAAAAUCUUAUGAACCCAAACUAUUUAUAAAAUAUAUUAAAGUGCAAAAAAGCUGUGCCAAACAUCUGGAGAAUACUAUUCAAACAAUAAAUUAGUAAAUUAUCUCUGAAAUGCAGAGUUCCGGAAUUUGCCAAUUAUAAUCUCAUCAGGGUUAUCAUCUUCGGUUUCGCAAGCUUUGCAAGCAAACACUUAGUUUAUUCGUUGUUUACAAAGAAAAAAUGCGACACUACAAACUGACCUUUGUAAUAAGUAGAAAAUUACUUUUCGAGCCAAAAAAAAAAACACGUACUUUGAAUUUGUCAGCAAUUUAUUGCUUGUCUUUAAUUUCAGUUGCGGAAUAAACAAUAAAACGCCAAUAAAUAAAAAAUCACUGCAAUAAGCAUUCCAUAGUUCUAUUAAAAUCAAUUGGAUUGAUUUGGAUUAACUAAGUAUUUAUUUAAUUGGUGAACAUGAAUAGCCGAGAGCUUAAAUGACAUGGCAGAGAAACGCCUACUGCUGGAGCGAUCCGACACCUCAGAGACGGAGGAGCUGGAAGUACAAAUGACCCGAAGGGGGGGCGUUCUCCAUGCCAUUCAGCACCGGUCGUUCCCGGUGAGCAGGAAGUCGGCGCUCGGACUGCUGGUGUCUUUUGUGUUUUGCUACUUCCUGAUCGGAAGACCCGAGUGGGCCAAUGUCCUCGAUCUGGACGUCCUGCACUCGGAUAACUAUGUGACGGUCCAGCAUCAAUCCACUUUGAUGGAUGUUUAUGAUGGUUACCCAGUUGAUCCUAACACAGAUACUGAGAGUAUUCAAUUUAUGCCGAAAGGCUUUUUGGUGUAUAGCAACUCCUGCCGUAUCAUGGAGGUUGAUCCCUACAAGAACGAGGUGAUGCGCCACUUCAAGCGAAUCAAGUACAAGGCCUGUCAGAAGCUGCCGCCCCUGACGCAGGUUAAAUUCCAGGAGAAGACCCAAAAGUACGUCCUCAGUAUCGAUGGAGCCGCCUUUAGUCGCUACCGAGUGGGCAGCCAGCUCCACUGUUGCUAUAUGGAGGUGCAGCGGGUCGAUGAGAUGAAGGUCAAGUACACCAAGUGUCAGUCCUUCAAGGGAAGCACCGAACUGCCCAACUCCGCCGAGGGCAUCAUUGUCAAGUGCGAUUCCAGUGGACACCAAAUCUAUAUCAAUGGCCAUGCCACCAUUCCCGUCAAGGAGGCAGUGCAGCAGAGACUGCAAAAGGCAUCGGAGGGUGAUUUGAAGAAACAGGAAAUAGAUAAGGCCAAUCCGAGACCCCCGAGUGUCUUAAUGCUCGGCAUCGAUAGCAUCUCCCGUGUGAAUCUUAUCAGGGCCAUGCCCAAAACGGCCCAGUAUCUCUACGACAACGACUGGUUCGAACUGGCGGGGUAUAAUAAGGUGGACGACAACACAUUCCCGAACAUCAUGGCUGUGGCCACCGGCUACAAUCUGCCCAAUGCCAUGCACGCGUGCUCCCCCUUCGAGGUUGGUGGCCUGGACAAGUGCAACUUCAUCUGGAAGCUGUACCAGCAGAGGGGCUAUGUGACCGCCUACGCAGAGGAUGCUGUGAAGAUCAACACGUUCAACUACCUGAAGAAGGGCUUCAAGAAUCCGCCGGCGGAUUAUUACUUGAGGCCAUAUCUCUCGGCUGCCGAAUCGCAGCUGGAUCACACUACUGCAAAUGGUCUGGUCCAUUGCCUGGGUUACGAGACGGCGGCAGAGCACGUGUACGACUAUGGAUUGGAGUUCACCAGGAGAUUCCUCAACGAGACGUUCUUUGGUUUCUUCUGGACAAACACGCACAGCCACAGUGAUAUUUCGCAGACGAGCAGCAUGGACGACUAUAUGGCGGAGUAUCUGCGGAAAUUGGUGCGGCAGGGCACCAUGGACAACACUGUUGUGGUGUUCUUCAGCGAUCAUGGCAUGCGGUUUGGACCCACAAGGGCCACCUGGUCGGGUCACUUGGAGGAGCGUCUGCCUGCCAUCUUCAUCUGGUUACCGCAUCACCUGCGUCGCUCACAUCCCGAGUUCGUGCGUGGCCUCCAGCUAAACAGGAAUCGGUUGACUACGCCCUAUGAUCUCCAUCUGACCAUGAAGCAUAUACUGUCUAUAUCCGGUCGUGCUGAUAUGGAGUCGCUGGGACCAGCACCCGAUUGUCCCCAGUGCCAGAGUUUACUGCGUCCCGUUUCCCCGCUCAGGAGUUGCUCCGAAGUGGGCAUCGAGGAUCACUGGUGCACCUGCUGGGAAUACGAUACGAUCUCGAGUAGCUCCAAGGAAUCCCGCAUGCUGGGCAAGCGUGUGGUUAGCUACUUAAACAACUAUGUGGCCGAGUUCCGAAACGGAACCGUUGCCAAGCUGUGUGCCCCUCUCUCACUUCACAGCAUCAAGUCCGCGUUCCGGGCGCAUCAAAAUGCCCUGGACCCCGAGGAGGUGCACACCUAUCGACUGAUCUUCGUUACGUCGCCCAAUAAGGGCCAAUAUGAGGCCACCUUGCGACACAACCACACAGAUGACUCCGUUACGGUGACGGGAUCCGUGAGCCGAUUGAAUGUCUAUAGCGGAGAGGCUGAUUGCAUGAAUGAUUUCGCAGCGAAAAAGUAUUGUUACUGCAGGAAAAAGAAGGGAUAGAUGUAGUAGGAUUAUAACUAAGGCUAGUGCCCAAGUGCCGUUACUCAGAUUAGAAUCUAGCAGUACAAUUAUCAUAAUAUUAUAUUAUAGGAAUCUCUUGCUCUCUAUCUGCCUGAAACUAUGUGGUGUACAUCUAAAACUUCUGUAGCUUUAAAGAAAAUAAUUAAGAUAUCUGAUACUUAAGUAUUCAGAAGGAAUUUCUUCUUAAACGUAUUAUGUUUCAUCAAAAACUAUUUGAUGCCUUAAAAAUUAUUUUAAAAUCUUGAGAAGUUUAAGAAACAUCCUUGUAUAUUCAUCUUGUAGGCUUAGUUUUUGCCCUUGUAAAUAAUUUACUCUCCCAGCUCCAAGAGACUUUUGCCAAGAACUAGUUUAGACAUCUCUUUAUACAUAGAAGAUAGUAGCUAAAAUUCUAAUUGUUACACUUAUAAUUUUAUAUAUUUGUUUAACUUAUAGUGUUCAAAUAAAACUGUGUUAAACAAAAAUGUCGAGUAAA